AUGAAAUUGCAAUCUCCGCUUGUGCCGCUCGGGCUAAUAAUUUACGAAAGAACAACACAAUCCCAAAUCUUGCCUUUUGAGUACUUACAAACGGAAGUAAGAGCAGAAACAAAACAAACAAAAGAGUCCUCAAAUUACCUUAAACCUUCAUUCUUUUUUUUUCGUGACUUGUUUUCCUUUAAAAUCCAAUCUGAACAAAAAAAUCCGAGACCAAGAGAAAAGAUUCUCUUGGAUAUAAAAAAUGUAUAAGAAGAAAAACAUCGUGUCAUGUUGGCAUAAAAAUAACCAACAUACAUCUAUUUAUAUCUUGUCAUGUAGAAUAAAAAAUUGCGUUUCAAUCUUGAAUCACGAAUAAAGAUAACACAAGAAGAGAAUUACCAAGAGUAUUGAAACACUGCGCAACAAAUGAAAAGGAA